UCAUUCAUACUACGCAGCGCAAAACAGCAUGUGAAACAAACGAUGACCGAUUAGUCUAGCUAGAAGGAAAACAUUUGCGGAAGAAUUAUUGCUAUCAUCAAAGUGUAAAUGCUAAAAUGGGAAUUUGCUUGUCUUGUCUGAACGGUCCUUCAGAAGAUUAUGAUGAACCAGAUCCGGAAACAAGACGGAGACAACUGGCAGAAGCUGCAGAUCGCAGGAUGGCCGAAAAUGAGAGAAAAGGAAUUAAGGAUCCUGACACACUCAAAAGGAAACAGAAAAGACAGGACGAGAUGGAGAAAAGGGCCGAAACUCAAGGUGGUAGUGAAGGAGGAGGUCUCAGGUGGCAAGUUGGUUGACAAGCUGAAGCUGAUGGUAUAGUUUGUGAUAGAAGACAUACAUGUAUAUAAUAAUAUGGAGUUCCAAGUUCUCAAUAUUGUGUCCCUAUUUCUCAAGUUAGUGCUACACAUCAGUUGGUGAAUGUCCAGUUUGUGAUUUUCAUAAAAAAGUUUUUUUUAUCUGUGAUUCAAUUUCACUGUUUUCAUUAUUAUAAAUACAACUGUUAGUGAACAAGAUCUAUGUGUGUAUCUAGUAAUGUUUUAUGAAUCUUACAUGCCAACCUUAGUUCUUUUGGCAGUGUGAAAUAUUCUCAACAGUUACUGCUUUAUUACUACUAACAGACACAUCUUUCUUAAAUUAUUAAUUACGAAGUGGGAUGGCAUUACAAAAAGAACCAGGACACAGUAAUUUUUGUCAAAUUAUAGCCACAUAUUUGUUUUUAAUAUCUGUUUUAACUUGCGAUUAAUGCACCAACACAAUAGGCCUACUUGCAUACCAUCUAUGUUAACUUUUCUAUCUAGGAGCCAAAUGGAGCCUACUUCUAUUUUAUUUUAUGUAGUUAGUAUGAAAUGUUUUAGUUGCCAAAUGUUAAAAAUGGUCGUAUAUGCGACAUGUAGAGGGCUGAAAAGCCUUUCUUUUUACCACUGUAGUAAUUGUUUUUGGUUGAUAUUUAAAAAAAAAAUCAAUAAAAAAAUACAGCAUUUUUUUUUCAAAAUAAAAGCAUAAAUAAAAUACAGCUCAUUUACUUAGCCAGCAAUAUUCCUUUGUUUUCAUUGUGCUGCUCCUGGAAUUGUAACUGUUAGGUGAACCAAAUUUCAUACACAUAUAUUCAUUAUACUUGUAUAAAGUCCGAGCACUGUGGAUCUAUUGAAAGAUAAAGUCAGGUAAAUUAUUUUUACAUUUCCAAACACUGUCCUCAUAUUGUGCCAUUGUGUCUUUCCUGUAUAAAAUAUGUAAUGAAUGUUGUAUAAUAUUGUGUCUUUCUAAUAACAAUGUCUUAAUUUUUCUAAUAACAAUGUCUUAAUUUUUCUUGGCAGCUGCUUCUAGAUAUAAAGGUUUGUAUCUAGGGCCAGUAUCAAAUGUUGGGAGGUCUUUAGAUCAAACACUUGUUCCAUUUUAUAAUUGUGCAUCUAUACAUAUUUAUAUUAAUAAUUAUCAUAUAAUUAUAUGUACCAAGGUGCUUUGUUUUUGUACUUUUAUAUUUGCAAGCAAAUGAUAAACCAAACUUGUCUUUGAACUAAUGGCCGCUUACCAACUGUCUACCUCAGUCUAAUAAUAAUUUAAGGUUACAUAAUAUAGCAAGAGUGCUUUUCUAUCAUUAUUUGAGAAUUCUAUAGGCCUGGUGUAAAUGGUUGCUGCAAGAAAAGUGUAUAGAGGCAUGAUCUUGUAAGAAAAUCUUAAUUGUAGGACGUACAGUGUAGGUGCUGUUACGGUACAUUUUAAAUGCACUUUUCAUUCAUUUUAUAGUAAUGCAGGUUUAUACUAGGGCAAAUGGUUGUAUCCAAUGAGAACUAAAUUAGAAUUAAUAACAUAAAUACAAAAUUCAUAUGUAAAAGCUUAUGUAUCUAGGCCUAGAUUAGAACACAUAGACAUUAGCAUGGAGAACCAUUACUUGCUACAAUGCAGUGCCUUAGACCAUACAUUCAAAUUAUCAAACAAUCCUUAUAAAUCUGGUAUGGAUUGAAUUUUAUGGAAUGAAACAAAAACUGUUAUUACUCUGUUGCAUGUGCUGACAGAAGGAAAUGCUUGUUAAUGAUUAAUAGUAAUGAUAUUUGUGCUUACAACUAGAGCUGGACGGUAUUGAAAUUUGAGGUUCAGUAUCGAUAUGGUAUUCGGUAUUGACACGAUACCGAUAUCGAGCGCUAUUUUCGGUAUACUCGGCUUUAAGUGCAUGCUUGUGUUAUGGAUCAUCUGCUAAUUUCACCUAAAUACAAUUAAAUUCCAUACACAAUGCUCUCGUCUGAUUUAUACUAACCCAUUUUGCAUUCGUCAGAUAUAUUAUUAGUGCUUUCCUGAAAAUAUUUUUCAAUACCGAAAUUUCGGUAUUUUGAAAUUUGCUCGGUACGGUAAAUCGGUAUUAACAUAAUAUACGGUAUACCGCCAAACUCUACUUAUAACUGAAAGGAAUUAUUUUUAAUAGAUUAUACUGUUGGUCAAUGUAGGAAAUUAUUUGAUUGAAUACACAGAGAUUAUUAAACAAGCUUGUGUGUCAUUCUUAUUUUAUGAAACGAGUGUCAGGAUUCUUGUACUGUCUGAGCAAGAGACACAAGUUUCGUAAAAUCGGUACGACACACACUAGUGUAAUAAUUUCUUUAUCAUCCAUAUUAUUUUUGUUUUUAUGAAUGACAAGAACUGUGUCGGCAUGUUUCAAAACUAACUAAAAGGAGAUGACAAAAUUACAUCAUUUUCAUAAUUGAUGUCAUUUUGGUCAUGCUAUGACGUCGCUUUCUAAAAUUACGUUAUUGGUUGGUCAUAUGAUUACUGUACUUGUUACUACGCUUGUGCUUUAUGUCAUUAUUAUUAACUGGAUUAUAUUGAACCAUAUGAAUAAUAAAACCAUUUAAAAUAAAGAAUGUGGUGAAAUCAUGGUGCAUGUCCCAACAGCCAUGACAUGUUUAUUCAUUGUUUUACUAAUAACAUCAUGUUUGGAUCUAAUGAAGUUAUGUAUGCAACAUUUGGACGGGUACACCAAAACACUGAUUUGAACAAGAUAUUCAAGAGGAGCUUCUUAAAGGUACCCGAUGAUCAUUUCUAAAUUUGUCUUACUUUAUAAACUUGCCAUAGGGUCAAAAACGGCAGCUAACUGCAAGAAUUGAUAAAAAGCACUAUCCAAUAUUACACAAAUUGUUUAGUUGUUAGUUUGUUUUAGAUUAACAAAUAAUUCUAUUAAACUGCAGACCAGUUGCAGUGUCUCCUCAAAAUUAGGUUAUUGUUUUUACACAACCCUGUAUUGGUGAAGUGUCAUUUUGUAUAUAGAUACUGUGAAAAAGGUAUUGUCUAAAUCUUUGGGCUACAUUACUACAGGUUUUGUUGUCAUUUGAGUAACUAAACCCAUUUAUAUGUAGUUCUGUUUUAUGCCAUUGUUUCAUUAUCUGCAUUUUAUUUAUGUUACAUAAAUUACAUUGUUUUAAACAAACCUUUCAGAUACAUUCUAAUAUAUUUGCCUAAUUUUGUCUAAGACAAAUAAAUUUGUUAAAAUCA